AGUACUCCAAAUUUUUAACCCAAUACAUCAAGUUUUUUUCUUUUAUUUUUAUUUAUAUUUUGGGAUGGAGAGAGUAACUUAUUAAUCUUUAUGUUUUGUUUAGUUAUCGAUUUAAGUGUAUUCUACGUGGCCAUUAUGUGGACAAGCUGAUUAAUUUUUUAAAGUCUGAUGCAUCCGACAGUACAUGUGUUGUAUUGCUUUUUGGAAGGAUGAAUUUUUGGAAAGGUAUACCUACUGUUCAGAAUUUCGGACAAUAUACAAGGGUGUUAUUCAAUCCAAAUAUUGAUGCCGCUGCAGAAUUGAAGCAAAGAAUGCUGGACAGAACAAUUUCUAAGCCUCAUUCGAUAUAUGCAAUAAAUGAAACUACAAAAGCACAUGUAUUGGAUCAGUGGGUGUACAAAACAAUUAGACAUACUCUAUCAACCCUUGGUUUAUGUGCAAUGGGGUCGGUGUACGCUAUAUUGGGCAAAGUAGAACAUUUGGAACCUAACUGCGAUUGGUGGUAUUUAUCCUGUGUAUGCAAUACCAAAGUGAUUCCUUAUGAUAAUAUGUAUUAUUGGAGAACAUGCAGUAGACGUGUUUUAAUUGUUAGUCAAGGGUAA